ACUAGUGAGUCGAAUCAGUUGUUCAGAAUCACAACAGUGAAAUUGGAGUUUCAGUGCAUAGUUGCAUAACGGAGCACGAUUUAUUGUUAAUGAUAAAAAGGAAAGAUUCAAAUCGCACGUAAGAUGGAAAUGUGUGAACCAUGAGUGGAGAUUCAGCGUAAAGGAAUAUAAGAUUUAUUGUCUGUAACAACAGCUAGCGAGCACAGCACUAGCUCAACAGAAAGGAACUUUUCUCCUGAAUGAAGUCUUCGACACGACGGUGUACUUUGACCUAUUCGAAAACGUAAACCAGAGAGAGCACAAUGACCGAAAUCGGCAUAGGAGAGCUUUUCUGGUCGUUGGCGACAAUGUUUGCUUGGAUAUUAGCUGUUGGUCUAACAUUAUUUCUGUGUUUAGGAGUAGUUUAUCUGGUGUACCUUCGUCAUGUUAACAAGGGUGCAAGUGAAUUCUGGCCAGCAACCGUUAAACUCGAUGGCAAAAUCGCUGUUAUUACGACCAAUGGCAAUGAUAUCGGCGUGGAAGCGGCCAGGCAGAUGGCAGCUAGAGGAGCUAGGAUAGUCCUCGCCUGCAGUGACCAGAGGAAAGUGCACGAAGCCAAGGUCGACGCCAUCAGCUCCAGCCACGUUCCGCAGGUGGUCUGGAGGCACUUGGACACAUCCUCCCUGGCCUCUGUUAAUAACUUCGUGGACGACUUCGUUAGGAGGGAAGAGAGACUAGAUAUACUGGUAAUGGUAGCAUGUACCGGCGGGGCUGACACUCGAGAGCUGACGGCUGACGGCCUGGAAGUCACCAUGGCCACCAAUCACUUUGGUCAUUUUCUUUUGGUAAAUCGCCUUAUUGGAUUGUUACGGAAACACAAAUCAAGUCGGGUCAUAGUGCUGGCAGCUUCGGCCCACUACAUGCUCUCCACUAUCACUCCCAAGAACUUGAAUUUCGAACGCGCGAAAUACGGCGGCCUGCGUGCCUUUGCUCAGUCAAUGCUCUGUAACAUUCUGAUGUCUAAUUGCCUGGCUGACGCGACGGCUCAUACAGGCAUGACAGUGAACUCCUUCUGUCCGGGCAUGGUGUCAUCUGCACCUUAUAUCAGAGGCAGUAAUUUCCUGGCUCGCCUCUACCGCGUCUUACUUCAGUUCGUUACAAGGAGUGAAGAAGAAGCGGCCAAAACCAUCGUGUAUCUUGCCGGGUCUGACGAAGUUGCCGACGUGACUGGUGGAUUCUUCGCCGACUGUGCUGAGAGAAAAAUGACGGGUCUGGCGAGCGACAUCGGUUUGGCAAGGAAGGUCUGGGAAAGAAGUGAGGUGAUGGUACGUCUUGCACCUGUUGAUAGUCCUUAAUUAGGAUUAUUGCGCAUCCUUCAUUGAGACUUCCUACAGGUGAUCCGAAGAUUCCGUCUAAACCCCUCGAGCAUUUCUGGAAGAUUCUCGGAGAUGUCUGAUCUGGCUUCCAAAAAGUCCAGCGCGAGGAGGAGGUUCUGGUGGACAAGAAGAAGCGGUGUUAGCUUAUGCAAAUGGUUCUAGACCUUCCGGCAUUUUUUUUUCAUGUGAAUUUGAUUCACUUUGGAUCACAAAAAUUGAAUACCUCUACUAUUUCUGCCAGUACUACUGUUAAUAACAUUAGCAUGCAGGCCGGAUUUAGUCUUUGAGGGGGUCCCUCAUGAAAAUUAAAUGGCAUGGCAAAUAAAUGAAUGAAUUUGAUUGAAUGAUUUUUUUCUUCAAAAUAAUGUUAGCUGUAAAAAUAAAUAUGUUAGUAUGGCGCUCUAAUUUUCACUUUCUAAUACAGGAUACGGUAAUAUAUCAAAAUAAUUGCUUGUCAAUAAAUAUCUUAUUUUACCUUCAUAUUUUGCAUCAACAUGGUAGUAUAAACCUAAUUAAGAUUAUGAUUUGUAGAUUAACACUGUUUACUAUUUUUUCUCAAUAUCUAACUGUUGCCAGCCGUUAUUUAAAAGGGGGACGUGAUGGAGGGAGCACCCUGCCUUUCUAUUUUCUGGCGUCCGACAUCGACAUACACUUUGUUGAUUCUUUUUUAUAAUAAAACCAAUUUUAUUACUACAUAUAUAUUUUUUUUUUUUCCAAAGGAAGACCAUUGAGGGACACGGGACAGGGGUGCCUUAUACCCCUUAUAUAUCUGGCCCUGUUAGCAUGUGGCACGAUGAAUAUGCAUAUGAAUAGUAGAAACCAUAGCUAAUGUUUUGUGACAUGACUGUCUUCUUGUGUCGGUUUCAUUUGUGAUUUAAAAUUUGUUGUAAUUACCAUCAUUGACGAAAUGUAUAUUGAAUCCCA